ACACACACACAAACAGGAACAGACUUCGCAUUUCAGAGGAAACAAAACUCAAAGUCCCUCUUUCAGGGUGUGAGUUCAGAAAAAUGGCCGAGGCCAGUAUUUCAGUAGAUCGGUUUUCAGUGGACCAGUUCAUCUGUCCAGUUUGUCUGGACCUACUGAAGGAUCCAGUGACGAUCCCCUGUGGUCACAGUUUCUGUAAGGUGUGUAUUAAUGACUGCUGGGAUCAUGAUGAUAGGAGCAAAGUUUAUCGCUGUCCUCAGUGCAGAGACACUUUCAGUCCAAGGCCUGUUCUACGCAGAAACAAUAUGCUGGCUGAAGUGGUGGAGAAACUGAAGAAGAAGACUGAAGUCCAAGCUGCUUCUCCUGCUCACUGUUACGCUGGACCUGGAGAUGUGAAGUGUGAUUUCUGCACCGGGAGAAAACACAAAGCCGUCAAGUCCUGCCUGGUGUGUGUGGCUUCUCUUUGUGAAACUCAUUUAAAACCUCAUCUUGAAAUUCCUGCUUUAAAAAAGCACAAGUUAGUCGAAGUUUCUGGAAAUCUACAAAAGAUGAUCUGUUCUCGGCAUGAUAAAAUACUGGAGAUCUACUGUCGUACUGACCAAAGCUUCAUCUGUUAUCUGUGUACGGUGCAUGAACACAGAGGUCAUGAUACAGUCGCAGCUGCAGCAGAAAUAACUGAAAAACAGAGUGAGUUAAAGGAGGAGCAGAUGAAAUCCCAGCAGAGAAUCCAGGAGAAGCAGAAGAAGGUGCAGGAGCUGAAACAGGCUGUGAACACUAUAAAGCGCAGUGCACAGACAGCAGUGGAGGACAGUGAGAGGAUCUUUACUGAGCUGAUCAGCUCCAUGGAGAAAAAGCGCUCGGCGGUGAGGAAGCUGAUCAGAGAUCAGGAGAAGGCUGAACUGAGUCGAGCUGAACGACUCCUGAAGCAACUGGAGCAGGAGAUUGCUGAUCUUCAGAGGAGAGUCACUGAGCUGGAGCAGCUUUCACACACACACGAUCACAUCCAUUUCCUCCAGGUAAUACACACACCUAGUUUCCAGUCUCUCUGUGUCUCUUCUGGACGUGAGGACUCACCCAGCAUCACUGUCAAUCAACAUCUCUCAUUUGAUGGAGUGAGGAAAUCUCUCUCUGAUCUGAAAAAGAGACUCGAGGAAUUCUGCCAGGAGGAAUUCAUCAAAAUCCCUGAACAUGGUGAGAGAAAUCGUCCUGCUGGGAAAUCUUUACUUUCUCUGCAGCACAGUAAAGAGAGACAACGACAAGGAGUACAUUCUCAAACAGAUCAAAGGCUCUGGGAUCUCCCUGUCCUCUUGCAGAGAAAUCGCGCUGCAGCAGUUCAGAUGAUUUUACCCUCAGAACCAAAGAGCAGAGAAGAUUUUCUGCACUAUUUCUGUCAUCUGACUCUGGAUCCCAACACAGUAAAUUAUCACCUCAUUCUGUCUGAGAACAGAGUGGUGAUGCGCAGUCGGGGAAAUCAGCUGUACUUUUAUCAUCCAGAGAGAUUUGACUUCUACAAUCAGGUGUUGUGUAAGGAGAGAGCGUGUGGACGCUGUUACUGGGAGGUGGAGUGGAGCGGUGUGGGAUAUGUGUACAUAUCAGUCUCAUAUAAAGACAUCAGAAGGAAAGGUCGGGGUAAAGAGUGUUGGUUUGGAUUCAACAAUCAGUCUUGGAGUCUGCAGUGUUCUUCUUCUUCUCUCUUUUUCUAUCACAACAGCAUUAAGACUGAUCUCAGAGUUCCAUCCCCCUCCAGAAUAGGAGUGUAUGUGGAUCACAGUGCAGGAACUCUGUCCUUCUACAGCGUCUCUGACACGAUGAAGCUCCUCCACAGAGUCCACACCACAUUCACUCAGCCUCUAUACGCUGGGUUCAAUUUACUUCGUCAUGGAUCAACUGUGAGAUUGUGUGAUCCAAAAUAAAAUAUUAAUGAUGUGAUAUUUUAAAAUUAAAUAUAAUAAUAAAAUAUUCAAUAUUGAAUUAAAUAAAAUAAUAAAACAUUCAUAAAAUAUUUUUAUUAAAAUGAACAGCUUUACUUUUAGAUAUCUUGAUUAAUUCCAAUAAAGAUGUAAUAUGAGUCAUUUCUUUUAGAUUUCCUAAUAUUUAUUUAUAAUGUUAGAUCUUCAUUCCUUUGUCUUUUAGGAGAUUUAAUAUUAUAAAUGUGACUAUCAUAUAAAAAUACGUAUCAGAACAU